UUUUGAAUCAACGUUUUGCUCUCUGCCUUUCCCCGCUCCACCACCCCCCGAGAAAGGUGCCCUGACUCGUCCAUCAAAAAUGCCCCGUACACUCUCCGACCUCAAGCGCAAGGAUCUCUUCCAAACACAGGGGUUCAUCGCUCAUCAAUGGGUCGAUUCCACCAGCGGGUCAACCUUCGAGGUCCGCAAUCCGGCGACGCUGGACCUCCUAGCCACCCUGCCAGAAAUGAACGCAGAAGACACCAAUCAAGCCGUCCAAGCCGCCUACGAGGCAUUCAAGACCUUCAAGAAGACCAGCGCCCGCCAAAGAGCCCAGUGGCUACGAAGAUGGUACACGCUCUGCCUCGAGCACCAAGAUGACCUCGCCCUCAUCCUGACCCUGGAGAACGGAAAACCCCUGGCCGAAGCUAAGGGGGAAGUCGCCUACGCUUCCUCGUUCCUGGACUGGUUUGCCAGUGAAGCGGAGCGGACGUAUGGGGAAGUCGUCCCUCCUGCCAACCCCCGUCAACGAAUUAUCACAAUCAAAGAGCCCCUGGGGGUAGCCGCCUGCCUGGUCCCAUGGAACUUUCCCUUGGCGAUGAUCACCCGCAAAGUGGGGGCUGCCCUAGCAGCUGGGUGCACGACCGUUUGGAAACCCGCCGGCGAAACGCCGCUGAGUGCCCUCGCCCUCGCAGUCCUCGCCCAGGAAGCGGGCCUGCCCGCCGGCUCAGUCAAUGUGCUCACCACCCUCAACAGCGUCGACGAGGUGGGGUCCGCCUUAUGCGAGCACCGCUUGGUACGCAAGCUCAGCUUUACCGGGUCGACACGCGUGGGUAAACUGCUCGCGCAGAAGUGCAGUGUCAAUCUCAAGAAGCUGUCGCUCGAGCUGGGUGGCAACAGCCCGUUCAUCGUCUUUGACGAUGCUAAACUAGAAAACGCCGUGGAUGCCUUCUUGCUGGCCAAGUUCCGAAAUGCGGGGCAGACCUGCGUCACGGCCAACCGCGUCUUUGUCCAGGAGGGCAUCUACGAUCGCUUUGCUGCCGCUCUGGUGGAACGUGUCAAGACUUUGCGAGUCGGCAAUGGGGUGGUCGACGGAGUGACCAUCGGCCCUUUGACGCACGAGCGCGCGGUCGAUAAAGCUGUUAGCCACAUCAACGAUGCCACCUCCAAGGGCGCCUCCGUCCUGCUGGGCGGUGCUCCCUGCCAGCCCGGCGAUCUCAAGGGUUACUUCAUGCAGCCCACCAUCCUGAGCAAUGUCACGCCGGAGGCGCAAGUGACCCGCGAAGAGACCUUUGCGCCGGUGGUUGCAUUGUACUCCUUCAAGACCGAGGAAGAGGUGAUUGAACGAGCCAAUGACUGCGACGUGGGUCUAGGCAGUUACGUCCUCACCGAGUCCAUCUCGCGCAUGUGGCGAGUGGCUGAGAGCCUGGAGGUCGGUAUGGUAGGCGUCAACCUGGGCGUGCUGAGUGCGUGCGAAAGCCCCUUUGGAGGCGUGAAGGAGUCGGGCUACGGGCGCGAAGGAAGCAGCCAUGGCAUUGACGAGUAUCUAUCCGUGAAGAGCAUCCUGAUUAGUGUAUCGGAUUGAUUUGACGGGCGAGAGGAUGGAUUCACCUGCUGGGGAAUCCAUGAUAUCAGUGUUUCCGGAAAUGCGACGGGGAAUUGAAAGCAUCCUAUGUAC